AUGGCAUCACCAAUCGCUUCUCUCGGCGAUGUUUCCAACCUUCCUCUGGGGUUCAAGGUCCCCAAAACACCCACUGUGUGGGAAACCAACCCCGUUUUGUCUUAUUUCAACGACUUUUAUAAGGCGGUGGCUGCUCGUAGACAGGCUCUGAAUUUGACCAACCCCGGCACUUUGGAGAACAUCAACAAAGAAGUUUCCAAAGAUGUUUUUCUUAACAACUAUUUUUUCACAGGGUUGCGUGCUGAUUUGACCAAAUCGUUUUCCAUGAGCCCGGCUUUCCAGGUAUCCCACUCGUUCUCGUUGGGUUCGCCUGUCAUGCCUCCAUACGCAUUUGCCGCUUUCUAUGCUACCGACAAUGUCUUUUUGCAAGGUAAUGUGGACAAUGAUUUAUCGGUUUCUGGAAGAUUGCAUUACGGUUGGGACAAGUAUAACACUACCAAGGCCAAUGUUCAAAUUGCCAAUGCCCAACCUGCUAUGUUGCAAUUGGAACACGAUUUCCAAGCCAGUGAUUUCUCUUUGAACUUCAAGACUCUUAACCCUUCGAUUCUUGAUGGUGGAUUUACUGGAGUUGCUGUCGGUUCGAUUCUGCAAAGUGUCAGUUCGAAACUUGCUCUUGGUCUUGAGGCUGUUUAUUCGUCGCAAUCUCCUUUGUAUCCUCCUGAUGCUGCUGUCAGUUAUGUUGCUAGAUACGACGCUAAAGACUGGAUUGCCUCGGCUCAAUUGCAAGCUCAAGGUGCUAUUUUAGCUUCUUUCUGGCGUCGUGUCACUGAUAAGGUCGAGGCUGGUAUUGAGACAUCGAUUUCGGCUGGCGGUUCGCAACAGGCUAUGAUGAUGGGAGCUCCUCCUUCGGUUGAAGCCAGUACUACUCUUGGUGCUAAGUACGAGUUCCGUCAAAGUGUUUUCCGUGGACAAAUCGAUUCGGCUGGUAAAGUCAGCUGUCUGCUUGAACGACGUGUGCUACCUGUUGUGUCUGUCAUUUUCGCUGGAGAAAUUGACCACGCCAAGAGCACCGCCCGUUUGGGUCUCGGCCUGCAAUUCGAGGCCGGCGGCGAAGAAACCUUCCAACAACAAGUCGACCCUAAUGACCAGCCCCAUCCUCCCAUGUAA